AUGAGUAAUUCCUCUCAUUUUGAUCCUCCUCGUGGGGUAUUCACUUUACCUACGCCUUGUGAAUUGACUAACCCAUUCUGGGAUGUAAUAAAAACUUCCAAACAUUUUAAUUUACAAAGAACCAAAGCUUCAAACAUAAACUCUAUUUAUAGAGGAGUUAUUGGUACCAUUCAAAAUGUAUUUGAUACAAAGCAACCACCUUUUCGAAUCGUUUUUAGAGCUGAACCAACUAGUACUUCUUUACAAAUUGCUGUCUCACAAACUGAAAAAGGGAUUAACGAUGCGUGGAAAUGGAUUGAAGAUAGUUUAUUUUUGGGAUUAACUAAACUUGAUGAUCCCGGCGAAAAAGAAAAUUAUGUAGUAACAAAAAUAAAUUCAUUGGUUACUCGUCAAGAUAAAGGAACUGAUGAAGUUUCCGAGGAUGAAAGUGUUCGUGCUGCAUCCAGAGCUUUUCGACAGACCUUCGAUAUUGCUCCCACAGAAAGGCUGGUUAAUUUUUAUUCCUGUGCAUAUCGUAGUAUAAUUCAAGGAUGGAUGUACAUCAGCGAAAACUAUUUGUGUUUUUAUGCUUUUUGGUUAGGUCACGAAACAAAAAUAUUAAUAGAGUUAAAAGAUAUUCAAGAUUUAUUAAAAGAAAGAUCAAAACGUGGAAUAGUUGCAGAUUCCAUCAAAGUUAUCACAAAAGGUAGCCAAGAGACUUACGAUACUUUAAUGCAGUUAACAAGUCAAUCUAUGCAGAGAUUACUUAAAAAUGCUGCCAUAGAGCCAGCACCUGGAAAAUUUUUGUUUGAUUCCAAUUUUGAGCCCAAUUCUGAUAAAGAAAAAUCUGUGCCAAAAUGUAAUUCAGUUAUGCCCCGUUCCCCAAUGGUACCGCCAUUAAAGAAAGGACUUGAAGAACAGAAAAGGGAUAAAGAAUUUCAAAUGUAUUUUAAUCUACCCACAACUGAACAUCUUAUGGAAGAGUGUUCUUGCGAAUUUUCAACUCUAGAGAUGAAAGAAUUCUUAAACGGAAAACUUCAACUUUCUGAAGGUUAUCUCACCUUUGUAGCUGAUAAUGCAAAAAGUUGUAGCUUUAUUCUGCCAUUGUAUACUGUGAGGAGAGUUGAAAGGCUUAAUAGCAAAACACAUAUUUUUGCACUUUCAAUAUCGAAUUGGCAUCAAAUGAAAUUAACAUUACAAAUAAAUGGAAGCAAAAUAGCUUGUGAUAAGUUUUGUAAUAAACUUCGAGAUAAUCUAAAAGAACAGGUACGUCACAUGAAGCAUUUAAGGUCAUUUUUAAGUACGUGUAUUUCGGAAGCUUUACUUGUGGAUCCGAAAAAAGAAAUUUCAGUUGGUGGGUUAGGAUUAGUAUUUGGAUUUCCUGGUGAUUCUAAAAAAUUAAGGGAUAAGUAUAAGACAAAGCUUUGGAUUGAAUAUUUGCAGACACAUGGCAGGAAUUUGACUCUGAUCAAAAAUCCAUAUUUUUAUAAACUUGUUCGUGUUGGAUUACCGAACAAGCUACGUGGAGAAAUUUGGGAACUUUGUUCUGGAGCAAUGUUUUUGCGAUUUGUAAAUGAUGGGAUGUAUGAGAAAUUACAGAAAGAUUACGCUGGAAAAGUUUCGCUUUCAACUGAAGAGAUUGAAAAAGACUUGAACAGGUCUCUUCCCGAAUAUACCGCCUAUCAAACAAAAGAAGGAAUAAAUACUCUGAGAAGAGUAUUAACAGCUUAUUCCUGGAAAGAUCCUGAAUUAGGUUAUUGUCAGGCCAUGAAUAUUGUUACAUCUGCUAUUUUAAUUUACAUGAGUGAAGAACAAGCAUUUUGGAUAUUAAGUGUAUUAUGUGAUAGAAUGUUGCCAGGAUAUUAUAGCACAUCAAUGUAUGGUGCUAUUCUGGAUCAGUUAAUAUUUGAACAUUAUGUUCAAAAUAAAAUGCCCGUGCUUUAUGAGCAUUUUCAAAACGUUGACGUUCAACUGUCUGUCGCUUAUCUUCCUUGGUUCCUAAGCUUAUAUAUCAAUUCAAUGCCUCUCCUUUUUGCUUUCCGAGUGCUUGAUUGUUUUUUUUUGGAAGGCCCUCGAGUAUUAUUCCAGAUUGGAUUGGGUAAGAAAGCUUUAAAUACCUUUAAAUAUGAUGAACUUUUGACAAUUACUGAUGAUGGACAAUUCAUACAUGUAUUAAAAAAAUACUUUGGAGCAUUGGACCAGCCUGCUCAUCCAAAUAAUAAGAAUGAUAAGACCCGAGAAACUACUAAAUUUAAUGAGUUAAUGAUGGUGGCUUUUAAAGAAUUUUCAAGUAUCACAACUGAAAGUGUAACGGAACUUCGUAGAACACAUCAGCUUAAAGUCGUUCAUAAUAUCGAAAGUUAUACAAAGCGAGGACAAAUAAGAAAUUUGAAGGAUACUUCGAAAUUUUCAAAAAAUGAUAUCUCUAUUAUUUAUGACAAAUACUAUAAUGCACAGUUCUAUGGUAAACAAAAAAGUGUGCGAAAUGACUCUCGAAUGGAUUUGAAUACAUUUUAUCGGUUUUUAGGAAGUAUUUCUGGUUGGGCAAAAUUAGACGAUGAUAAUCUUACAAAAGAAAAUGGAUCACCGAGAGAUAAUCAAGGAAGAAGAUUAGUAGGAUAUGAAUUUAUUAAUAAAUUAUUUAUUCAUUUCGACCGAAGUCAAUCUGACGGACUUACUCUUCAAGAUGUUGUAUUAGGGCUUGGAGAAAUUGUUUUUGGAGAUCUCUUGUCACGAAUGGAAUUGUUUUUCAAUUUACAUGAUAGUGACAAGGAUGGGUAUCUAUUUAAGGAAGAGAUAUUACAAAUGUCAGAAAGUUUCCUAUUUAUAUUUAGAAAUCUACCAGAUGAUGGUCAUUUAGGUUCUGUUUCAAAUUUUAUAAAAAAUGCUUUUGAAUAUACAGAAUCUAUGGGUGAAACUGAUGAUGUAGAAAAUUUAUUGACGGAAAAAGAAGAACAUAAUACGAGAAUGUCAUUACCAUCAUUUCGUAUGAUAAUAUUAGCAGAUGGUUAUCUUGAAGAAUUUUUUGAUUCGGGAUUUGCAACAACAUUCCAAUUUAUUGAGCCGACAGAAGAAAGAUCAAAAGGACUUGGAAGAGAAAUAUUUAAUGCACUAAUGACAGAUGGCAUGAAAUUAGCAGGGAAAUUUGGUAAAAGGCUUAACAAUGCAAGACCAAAAUCAUUUGGUUCACCAGAUCGAAGUAGCUCUUCAAAUUCUAUAUCAAAUAGAUACAGUAUGAAUUCACCAGCUCAAUCAACUACAUCAUCAAUGAAUUCAAAUAAUAUGACAGAAAUUGAAUCACAAAAAUCUUUGUUAAAAGCACAAGGAAAUGAUUCUCCUAUUUCAUUUGGUUCCGAAGAAGAAGAUGGACUUAUGCAAGAAGUUGAUAGAUUAUUAAGUGAAUUUAGCAUUGAUGAAACCGGUCAUGAUAAUAGCAGUGCUUUGUCAAUUGAUAUACAAGCUACCGGGAUGACCUUGGGUUUUUUACUAUCAAUUACUAAACACAAUUCUGGAAUUCGGUUAUUUGGCAAUAACAGUUCAGUAACCGCUUGUAAUACUGCCUCACUCAUAGAUGAUAAUGAUGAGUUUGAGCGUGAUUUAAAGAAUGAACUUAGGUUAGCUAUCGAUGAAUAUAAAUAA